GACGAACCGAAGAACAGUUUGAACCUCGCGCGACACACGGCCACUCGCUUAACGCCGCGUCCGCGGCGUACUAUCGUAGCGCGAUUUAUUUACUUCGAGCCAGUUUUUCAUCCAGUUUUUGUUCACAUUUUUCAAACAAACGUCCAUUUUUCCUUUGCCGUUUAAACUUUAAUUCAGUUGAAAUUUCGCCAAAAUUUUGUAUGUUCCAAAUUAACUGGCAAUCGAAAAUCCGUUUGAAUUUCGUUGGAAGUUGAAAGACGCUGAACUCUGGCUGAAUUCUUCUCAAUUGAAAAACUGAAAGAUUACAAAUUUUUCUCUCGAUUUCAGUAUAAACGUUUACAAAAUUCUUGCGUCGAUCUGCGAUCAUAAAAUCGGUGUUGAAAGCGUCGCAACUUCUCGAGGCUCCCAAAACUCGGUAAUUUUGAGAGGCACGAGUAAUCGAUCAUGUUUCGAUCGAUGAGUGAGAAUGAAAAGUGAAAAUACGAAAAUUUGUGCUGUUUGAGAAAGAGGAAAGAGGCGAUCGCACAUGAAUGUCUCGCGGAAUGUGAGGCUCAGGGACAAUGAUUCCGUCGAACGAUCCUGCGAGGCGUCGAUCAUGAGAGAAAACUCGAUUCCGGAAAGGAUAAAUAUCGAUCGGGAUUGAGGCAGCGGCGGUACCAGGGGAAGCGAAAUGGCCGAGGAUCUUCGGAGGAAAUCGUGAUAGAGGCAAAUGCUCAUUUUUGGCAAACACGAAAAUGUCGUAUGUCCGAGAGAUUCUGAGGGUUUUUAGCUUCCUGACGGUGAUUAUCGGCUCGGUAAAUAUGGGCGAUCCCUCAGCUCGGGUCAGAGGCGACCUCGUCAUAGGGGCUCUUUUCAGCGUGCACCGAGCCCCUAGCGGCGGACACGGGGCCCUCGUGUGCGGCACUGUUCGCGAAUUGUACGGAAUUGAACGCGUCGAAACGGCGCUUAUUACCCUCGACAAAAUAAAUCGAGAUAACACCAUUUUGCCAGGUGUGACGUUAGGCCUGGAAGCUCGGGAUUCUUGUUGGUCCGCUCCGGUUUCUCUGCAGCAAAGUAUCGAGCUUGUCAGAGACGCGAUAACACCAGCGCUCACACAGCCUCAGCUCGCGUCUAGCGGUGCAUCGGCCACCUGUCAAGUUGAUUCAGUUCUCCAGACCGAGUCACCGGUGAGCAAAGCUCCAAUUGUCGGGGUCAUUGGCCCUGGUUCGAGUUCAGCAGCCCUCCAAGUGCAGAACCUGCUCCAACUGUUCUCAAUACCUCAGAUAGGAUACUCCCCGACCUCGAGGGAUCUCAGUGACAAAACUCGAUACCCAACGUUCCUUCGGGUCGUACCGUCCGACUAUUACCAGGCUCAACUACUAGUCGAUCUCGUACAGUAUUUCAAUUGGACUUACGUAUCAAUCGUCAACACGGACGAGAAUUACGGCCAGAGUGGGAUGCAGGCUUUUCGAGAACUCGCGGAGAGAAACGGCGUUUGUGUUGCGAGGGAAGACGCGGUUCUGUCAACCGCCGAAGAAUCGGUGUUCGAUGGUGUUUUGACGAACCUCGACCAGGACCGUUUCGCGAAUGUCGUCGUGUGCUUCUGCGAGGGCAUGACAAUGCGGGGGCUUCUCGGAGCUACGAAAAGACUCAAUUUGACUGGAAGAUUCGUUUUCAUUGGCAGCGACGGUUGGGCGGACCGAGACGACGUGGUCGAGAAUCUCGAGAACGAGGCACGGGGCAGUCUUUCCAUAAGGAUUUACUCUCCCUACAUCAACGAGUUCGACGAUCACUAUUUCUCUCUGAACCCGUUCAACAACACGAGAAAUCCCUGGUUCGUCGAGUUCUGGCAGCACAAGUUCAACUGCGUUAUGCCGAAAACCGCGAGCCUCGAUGACGAAACGGACGAGGAUGUGGAGAGAGUCAACGACUCGAGGACUGACAAGAAAAUCAGUCAUCGAGUACUUUCCAGCACUGAAUCACCGGACACUCGAAAGAUAUGCACGGGUACGGAAAAAUUGUCGGAAAAGUACAAACAAGAUCCGAAAAUGAGCUUCGUCAUGAAAUCGUUUUGGGCGAUGGCCCACGGGCUCCACAGUAUGCUCGAAGAAAUAUGCGGCCGUGGUUAUUACGGCGUUUGCAAGGAAAUGUACCCUUUCAACGGGACCCUUUUCAAGAAUCAUUUGAUGAAUAUAUCAUUCACGUUUGGCGAGGAGGAAGUGGAAUUCGAUCGCCGAGGUGAUCCACCGGGCAGAUACGAGAUCCUGAAUUUUCAAGAGUUAAAGAACGGUAGUUACGGCUACGUACAGAUUGGCGACUGGAACAAUGGGACACUUACGUUCUCGGCGAGUCCUCUGUCGUGGCGACGCACCACAGAACUCGUAACGAGUGUUUGCUCAAAGCCGUGUCAACCUGGUCACUACAAGAACUUCAAGACCGGAGGACAGGAAAAAAAGUGCUGCUGGGCUUGCGUUCCGUGCGAUUAUCACGAGAUCGUCAACGAGGAACAAACCGCCUGCGUUGCUUGUCCAGCUGGCCAAAAACCCAACGGCAACAAAACAAAAUGCGACGUUAUUUUGGUGGAGCACAUAUCCUGGGGCGACGCGGAGGCCGUCGUCGCAAUGUCCUUCAGCGCGAUGGGUCUCAUGGCAACCUUCGUCACGUGUCACAUAUUCAUUCGGCACAAUGACACCCCGGUCGUUAAAGCGAGCACCCGUGAGCUCAGCUACCUCAUACUAGCUGGAAUGACUCUCGCCCACAUAACCGUAUUUCCCAUUCUGGCGGAGCCGAGCCGGAUCACGUGCGGCUUGAGUCGACUCAUGCCGGGAAUUAGCUUCGCGAUGAUGUACGCUUCUCUCUUCACUAAAACGAACAGAAUCGCGAGGAUUCUGGCCGGCUCGAAGAAACGCUUUCCCAAGAGGAAACCACUGUUCAUGUCAGCAACCGCCCAGGUCGUCAUAACGUGCUUUUUAAUUAUGCUCGAAGCCGGUAUCGCCGCAGCGAUGCUCGUCAUCGAACCACCGAUGCCUCGUUACGAAUACCCCACUCGCGACCGCUCCGUCCUCACCUGCGCCACUUCACCCAGAGCGGUUCUCUCCCCCCUCGCUUUCGACGGCCUCCUCGUCGCCCUCUGCACUCUUUACGCGGUAAAAACUCGCAAUGUGCCGGAGAAUUUCAACGAGGCUAAGUUCAUCGGGUUCGCCAUGUACACCACUUGCGUCAUUUGGAUCGCUUUCGGACCCAUCUACUUCGGCAGUGAAUCCAAGGUCGUGACGAUGUGCAUGUGCGUUACUCUGAGCGCGUCAGUGACUUUGGUAUUUCUGUUCCUGCCAAAGCUGUACAUAAUAGUUUUGAGGCCGGAGAGAAACAACCGAGCGCUGUUCACGACGAGCAAAUCGAUGAGAUGUCAUAUCGGUGCACGCGUAGCGGCAGCGAUUGCGGAACCGCCGGCAAAGCAAGCAAUUUAUCGAUUAGCCACGGGGGAUUCUGAGAUUACAGAUCAAAGAUCGAGUGUCUCGAGGCGAACGCUCUCGGUGCAGACGGGAGCGGAGCUGCUCACGGGCCUGUGCAAGCAAGACGAUCGGUCGACCUCACCGAUGCUGAGAUUUUUCGAGGACCCGGAGUACCCGGACUCGCCCUCGUGGCGUUGUAAAUUCGACAAGAGAAUUUGUAAGUCGAGCGACAACGUUCAGCUGAGGCCUCGCAACUGCGAGAACGAGACGAUUCUGAAGGAGUUUGGAGACUCGAGUUUCGUGCAGCGCUCCCACGAGAAGUUGUACGCGAGCGCCAAGAGCCUGGGCUCGCGUCUGAGCCUCUUCGUGGGCCGUAGCGAGACGAGCAUCAAAUCGAGUGUCAACUCCAAAACGAGACUCUCCGAUUGGCUGGAGCUCGACCCCAAAGUUCUCAUCGUCGAUUCUCAAGUGCGCGAUUAUUUGACUGACGAGAAAAACCACGCUGCGUCGUCACAGCUUCGAAGUAACCCUCGAAACGGAAAUGCUUCUGGAAUGGAAACGACUAACUCGGAGAACGGAGCGAGUGCGGGGGUGAACAACGAAAUCCCUGCUUUUUUGAGGGAAAGAAAAACUCGGAUUCUCGAAGAACGAGGCGAUCAGGUAGCGAGCAAUGGUCAACCGGUCAUAAAUAUCACCAUAACACUCGGCAGCGAUUUGCCCGACCUCCGAGACCUCGGGCAAAGCGCAGUUUGAUCUUCUCGGAUCGGGAUUUCGUGAAACUGACGAAAAUCGUUUCACCGAUGACAUCAAACUUCGAAAACAGUGCCAAAUCUGUCGAGCAUCCAUGAAGAAACUCUCGAUCCAAAUGAUCGCGAUCGAUCGCCUAAAAUUAAUGAACAUCAACGAUUAUUUCACAUCGAACAUUUGACGUUAUCGGGGUAAAAUCAUAUCCGGCGUGGAGAGCGUGUCGAAAGUCGAGGCCGAACGGAUCUCGAAAUGUUUUUUUACGCUUCGAGAGCUGACUGUUCAAAUUGUGUCAUGCGACUUCUUCUAGUCAAUACCCAGUAAAUCUAAGAUUUUUUUUCUCCUCAGUCUCAAAAAGUCACUGACAAAAUACCGACUAAUAAAAUCGACGAUUUUACGAAUCAUUCACCAAAUAAUGCAAUUAUGAAUAUUGUAUCGAAACGUCUCGUCAUUGCCACGCUCGAUAGUCAUUCGAGAAUUGGUUAAACUUUUCUAUCGUUCAUUUUCAUCAACGUCAAAACUAUCGUUAAGUCCUCCAAGUAGAUGAAAACGUAAUUCUCUAAAUAGAAAGUUCGAAGGAGUCUGAGCGUCCUGAAAGAAGCAGAAUCCAACCAGAAUUUCUACUGUUGCCCUAGAACCAAAGGCGAGUGAAUGAAGAACCUUAAAAAUUGUUAGAUCAGGUUCUGAUCGCAAUUGAUCGUUUAUUUUUACAAAGGUGAUUACAACUCGUCAAAAAUUUGGGCACAAAGAUCCUAUUCGAGAAGAGAGCGUUCACUUUUCAUUGAAUCACUCCGAAUGAAUCCUCGAUAAUCGACGAAAGUUAUGGUCGAUAAGUUUUUGAUUGAAUUCGAACGUUGGCAGUGUCUACAAAGGGAUCAAAACGUAUUAGAAUAUAUCGCGACUCCGUUUCCUCAUAAUUAUGGAAUUUAACGAGCAGAACACUAGCCACGAAGCAGUAAUAAUAGAUUAUCAUACAAACGGUGCAUUAAUGCCAGUAGAUUUAAUCGUGAAACUCAUAGUCAUACGAAUAAUACUACGAAAUAGAUAAUAUAUUCGACGAGAGAGUAUUAGGUUGGACGAGUCGAAAAUGUUAGAAGUCGUUUUCAGUGAGAUUCAGUAGUUCGAAGCAUAUCGAAUAACCUGCAAGUACCAAGCAAAAGUGUUUUCAUGGGAAUAAAGGAAAAUCAAUAAAUUAUUUUCCUCUGCUUUCGAGUGGUUUUUAUCCCCGAAUCAAAUUACGCCAUUAAAACUUGGAUAUUUCGUAGAGGCGACAAUCAAACGAAUAAAUUGUGCAAUAAUAUCUUCCGUUAAUACUGAAUGUAAUCGUUGUGGAAAAGACUAAUUUUAAAUGGCGAAUAUGUAAGGGUUUGAGACCCGCGUCGAUUCUCGUUGACCGAAUUAAUAAAAACAAUCACUUUCUAUGCA